AAGAAGCCAACAGUUUCGCCUUCAACAAAAGAGGAAGAUCCAGGAAUCGUUCACUUAAACAAGAAAGAGAAAGUGCAGCAGAGAGAAAAGAAAAUUCUUACACUCGGAAUGGAGAUAGCAAAAUCAAAGCAACCAACAAAUUAG